GAUAAAUGAAAGUGGUAAUUACAAGCCAAAUCACCGGUGCUGGCUUAUAAAAAUAAGAAUAAGCUGGCGGAAAAGUCACUUUCCUGCUGAAUUACAAAGAGCAUGAUGCAAGUUUAAGCAAGCAAAGACUCUUCACCGACUCUCUCUCUCCAUCUCUCUCCCUCUCUCUGGCUGCUUAUAUCUAUACACACAGCUCUCUCUCCCUCUCUUUCCUGUCUAAUUCUCGUCUCAACAGAUCUCGCUGUCAUUCAAUACCUAUAGUCAAGAUUUGACAGUGAGAGAGUGAGAGGAUUUACGCGAAAGUCGAAUGAAGAAAGGAAUGGUGGAAUGCAGUGUCUGUCAUUCCCAAUUGGUUUAUCCACCUACCAAGGCGGUGUCCAAGGCAUAUGAUCGCUAUCGGAGCAAAGUGUCGUCCAAGCAGCGGGUUCUUAAUGUUUUGUUGGUCGUUGGUGAUUGUAUGCUUGUCGGUUUACAGCCUAUAUUGGUCUUCAUGUCUAAGGUGGAUGGAAGUUUCAAGUUUAGUCCAGUGAGUGUUAAUUUUUUGACAGAAAUUGCAAAAGUUCUCUUUGCAAUUGUUAUGCUCUUGAUUCAGGCUAGGCAUCAGAAAGUUGGAGAAAAACCACUUCUCUCAAUAUCGACAUUUAUGCAGGCCGCUCGCAGCAAUAUGCUUCUAGCUGUCCCAGCAUUUCUUUAUGCUAUCAAUAACUAUUUAAAGUUCACUAUGCAGCUCUACUUCAAUCCUGCCACUGUGAAGAUGUUGAGUAAUCUAAAAGUCCUGGUAAUUGCUAUUUUGUUGAGGAUGAUAAUGAAGCGGCGAUUUUCUAUUAUUCAGUGGGAGGCUCUUGCACUUUUGCUCAUUGGCAUUAGUAUAAACCAAAUGCGUUCCCUGCCUGAGGGUUCAUCUGCUUUGGGUCUUCCGGUAGCGACGGGUGCAUAUAUCUAUACAUGUAUAUUCGUGACUGUUCCAUCUCUGGCUUCAGUAUACAAUGAAUACGCUUUGAAGAGCCAAUAUGAUACAAGCAUUUAUCUUCAGAAUUUGUUCCUAUAUGGAUAUGGUGCCAUAUUCAACUUCCUAUUUAUUCUUGGAACUGUCAUCUAUAAAGGUCCUGAUAGCUUUAAUAUUUUGGAAGGGCAUUCAAAAGCUACAAUGCUUUUGAUAUUGAACAAUGCAGCACAAGGAAUUCUGUCCUCAUUUUUCUUCAAAUAUGCUGAUACUAUUUUGAAGAAAUAUUCCUCGACUGUUGCCACAAUAUUUACAGGGAUCGGGUCUGCUGCUUUGUUUGGUCAUACUCUGACUGUUAACUUUGUUUUAGGCAUUACAGUAGUUUUUAUCUCAAUGCAUCAGUUCUUUUCACCUCUUUCGAAAGCCAAAGAUGAGCAAGAAAAUGGUGUUUUGGAGCAAAUAGAACUUCAGAAAGAUCAUAGGUCAAAGGAUUCAUCCUUUAUUAACAUGGCAGCGGGGGCAAAUGAAGAGGCGAGUCACCGUGUAGGACCAGAUGAAAGAGAACCACUGCUUCCUAGAUGAAGUCAGACAGGAGAUUUUUAUGUUUUGUAAAGCUGUUCGUAUAUGAUUUUGGAAAGUGAGAUGACUUGAGAUGGAUACGGAUGAUGAUGGAAAAAUGAUUUUCUGCUUGCGGAAAAGGUUGGAUCACAUCGACAUUCAUAGGUGUCUUUUGAGAUCUAUGCCAAGCUAGAUAUACGAAAAUUUCAGAUUUGAUAAAUUCAUUUGUAUUCUUUUACUAGACCAAUUAUAGAUUACAUUAUCUCCUUUUUGAUGGGUGAGGGGUGCCCAAAAUAUAUAAUAUACACAUACAUAAAAACUUGAGAAAAAGGAUUUUGUUACAAAUUCUA